UUGCAGGACAAUUUGGGUGCAGGAGAUAAUAUUGACGCUAUUUUAGAGACCCUGGAGAAGAGUAAAAGCCUGUCGCAUCAGAGCGCAGACAACAGCGCCUCUGAACACAGACCUGUGUUGUAUGUGGAACACAGGAAUCUGAAUCCAGAGACAGAGUUGAAGAAGUAUUUUGGAGCACGGGCCGUUCUGGGAGACCAGAGAAAAAAACAGAGACAGAGGCAGUUUCAUCGUUGCUCGUGGAUGACUGUUUAUAAAGACACAUGGCCCCGCUUCAGUCGACCAGGUAUCUCCAUGAGUCUAGUGGAGUCUAAAGAUGGCAUUCAGCACUUCACCUUUGAACAUAAUCGUGACUAUCAGCAAGUCCAGUUCAAGUUUUUUGAUGCAGUCGAGUCAAUGGACCCCAACAACAUUGUGGUUCUUCUGCAACUCAACCCAUAUCAUAUUGAUUCACUCCUGCAGCUGUCAGAUGUAUGUCGCAUACAAGAAGAUCAAGAGACAGCCAGAGAUCUCAUCGAAAGGGCUUUAUAUAGUUUUGAGUGUUCAUUCCACCCUGUGUUCAGCCUGACGUCUGGCAUGUGUCGACUGGACUAUCGCAGACCAGAGAACAGGGCUUUUUAUUUGGUGCUGUUCAAGCAUCUAAUAUUUCUGGAGAAGAGAGGUUGUCCCCGCACAGCCCUAGAGUACUGCAAACUGAUUCUGAGUCUGGAUCCAGAUAAUGACCCUCUCUGCAUGCUGCUGCUCUUUGACUUCCUGUGCCUGCGCUGUCGCGAGUACACCACCCUCAUCCGUCUCUAUGAGGAAUGGGAGGUCCAUCGAAAUCUGUCCCAGCUGCCAAACUUUUCCUUUUCUGUGGCUCUUUCCUACUAUCACCUCAGCCAACAGGAAGACAUUUCACCUGUGGAGAACCAACAACUGAAGCAGAAAUCCAAUGUGCUCCUGCAAAACGCUUUAAUCAUGUUUCCUGGGGCACUGAUACCCCUUUUGGACUUAUGCACAGUUCAGCCUGAUGCUGCAGUGUCUUCUCAUGCAUUCUUUGGACCUUCAAUCCAAACUGGGCAGCCUCCUGCACUCUCAGAGUUAACGUCCCUGUAUGUGGGCCGCUGUCACAGCCUGUGGAAAGAGGCCGGACAGAUGCUCUGGUUGGAGGAGAAUGUCAGAAAAGUGCUAAAGAGGGUCGACACACAUGACCCUUAUGUGGAGGACUGCCAAAACAAGAGGAAGCAAAGAUACCAGAGUGCUCCCAGGAACAUCCAUAGACAUGUGCUGAUGUCUGAGAUAAAGGAGGCAACAGCCACUCUUCCUCUAGAAGUGACCACACAGCCAGGAAUGGGUUUUGACCCUCUCCCUCCUUUGGACUCCAUUUUGUCUUACACCAGACCAGAAAGGCAGAACAUGGGGGCCUCAAAUGAAAGCACAUUGUCUUUGUUUUUCCGUUCACUGCUACCAAACUUCAACCUGCAGAGGCCUGAAGACAGACAGGAAGUUGCCCGUGCAGGCCAUGAAUUGAACCAGGAAGUGAAUAGACUAAUGGUGGCCAUGAGGGACAUGUUGGCUAACAUCCAGUUUCGUGAACCUCAGUGGGAGGACAACCAGGACAGAGACGAGGAUGAAUGGGACUGACGGAUCAACAAGGGCACGAUUUUCAAAUUUAAAGUUAUGUUCUGCUUGUCCUAUAUAUUAAAAAGAUCCAAUCCAAGUCAUACUACUUGACUAUAACUUAA